AUGGUAGUUACAUCUGUAGAUUUAUUGGAAGCAAAAAAAAAUCAUGAAUAUGACGAUCCUAUAUUAGAUUCCAUAUUCAUACCAGAAUAUGUAAAAAAGUUUAAACCAACUCCAGAUGUGAUUCAAUCGACUUCAAAGGGCGGUACAAACGUUAGAUUUAUAUUUAGUAAUGUUGAAUUUUCGGAAUUCGAAAAUGAACAUAUUAGAAACUUUAAAAUUUUUGCAACUCAACGACUAGAUGGACCCCAACUGGAGUCAAACUCUGCAGUAGAAUCCUACAACCGGCGCUUUAAAAAUACAGUUUUCGGAAAUGACGGCUACAUUCUGCGUUAUUUAAUAAGCAAUGCAUAUAAUUACUCCAACGUUCUAAAUGAUAUGUACAAUCACCUCAAGUGGCGCAAAUCUACACUCCCAAUUAAGAGAGUAGAUAUAGAAUCUGACCUUGCAAAGGGAUUCGUAUAUAUUCAUGGGCGCGACAAGUGUAUGAGGCCCAUAAUAAUAAUAAGAUGUAGAAACAUGCAAACAUCACAGCAUGAACAUAUACUCAAGACCAUAUAUUUUAUGUUAGAACUGUGUAUAGAAAAACUCUUGAUACCAGGACAGAUUGAACAGUGGAAAGUAAUAAUUGACUUGGACGGAACGAACCUGUUCAACAUCCCAGCAAGCCUCCUAAAACAAAUUGCGAAGUCACUAUCAGUGAACUAUAGAGCCAGACUGAGUAAGUUGUACGUUAUCAACGCUCCAUACCUCAUAUCGGUAUUGUGGAAUAUAGUCAAAAAUGUAAUCCCACAAAUAACACAGGAAAAAAUCGUUAUCUCAUCAGGUAAAAAUACAAAAAAACUCCUCGAAGUAGCACUGCCGUCACAAAUCGAACAAAGAUACGGUGGAAAAGCGCCAAACGUUAAAAUGUUCGACAUACCGAUAAUGCCCGAACUAUAA